AUGGACUUUGUUAGUGGGUUGCUUCUAACACCUAUUAAGAAGGAUUCUGUCUGGGUUAUCGUGGAUCGAUUGACCAAUUGGGAGGAGUACUUGCCGUUAGCGAAGUUUGCCUACAAUAAUAGCUUCCAGUCUAGCAUCCAGUUGGUACCUUACGAGGCACUGUAUGGUCGUAAGUGUCGUACUCAUUUAUGUUGGACUGUGUUGCGCAAGCGAUGUGUUCUGGGUCCUGAGUUAGUCACUGAGACAGAGGAUAAGGUUAGAUUGAUUCGAGAUCAUUUGAAAGCGGCUUCUGACAGGAAAAACACUUAUGCGGAUUUGAAGAGGCGUGAGAUCGAGUAUUCUGUGGGGAACUUCGUUUUUCUCAAGCGAGUGGGACCAGUUGCUUAUCAGUUGGAGCUACCUCCGGCCUUGGAUUGUAUCCAUGAUGUGUUUCGUGUCUCUAUGUUGAGGCAUUACCAUUCUGAUCCUACUUAUACUAUCCUUGUUGAGGAGAUUGAGGUUAGGCCAGACUUGACCUUUGAGGAGGAGCCUGUCUAG